GAGGAGCCUGCGAACAUGCAGCGCUUGUUGCCGGCAGAGUAUAGAAGACACGCGGCCCCCCUGGACGGACGCAGCUUCACGGUGGACAAGUUCCACGAGGCACCGCACCACUACAUCAAGGUGGUGCACACCCGCUUCGAGGCGAGCGACCUCCGGAGUUACCAGCAGACCCACCAGUGGAGCGUGCGCACCAUCCAGCGCAAGACGGUGCCGCAGGCCAAGUUCUCUUACGACCUGUCGCCCGUCGAGGUGGUCAUCCGUAAGGGCGAGAGGAGGUGGUACGAUUUCGUGACCUCCAUUUUCGCGAUCAUUGGCGGCGCCUUUACAGUGAUGUCCAUGACAUCUGGUGUCCUCAACGUCGCCUCGGCGCAAUUCAAGCGCUCCAUCAACAAGAUCGGGUGAGCGCUUGGCCGACGGUUGCUGGGGUUGCGAAGAGCCAGUCCACCCGACGCCUCGAUGCGAGGCUAGGCCGCCCUUUGCGGGUGUGCGGCCAGCCCAGGCCUGCGCGGGCGCGAAGGGGCAGGGGUAGACCCCCUCGCGGUGGGGCGGAAGUGGCAUUCACUCCGCCCACCAGUGAUUUGCUGGGGUCUACUUCGAUCCGGUUC